UACUGGCUGCCCCGGAAGAGGCGGAGUUUGCGCGAGAGGGAUGCUGCUAGUGCUAUUGCUGCUGCUGUCCAAAGAGACGGAGGAAGAGGCGGCGGCGGUGGUGGCGUGGGGCUCGGGAUGAGCUGGAAGGCGCGCUGGGGAGCCACUCCGGAGCGGACAGCGGAGGGAGGGGACACGUCGCCCCCACCCUCCCCUCCGCAGCAGCCUCCGCCUCCUCCUUUGCCGCCGGCUCCUUCUUCUUCUUCUUCUUCCCAGCUGCCCCCGUCUCCGUCUCCCGGGGGGAGCUUGUCUGCGUGGCUUCGGGGCAGACCCUGGGGCAGAGGGGGCCGCUCCGUGGAGCCUGCGAGGGAGACCUUCCGGGCCAUGACUGGGCUCUACGGGGCCAUCCAGCCCGCAGACUCCGUCUCCCCCAUCACCCGCACCCACGGCGCCGUCUUCAACCUCGAGUACUCCCCCGGAGGGUCAGUGCUAACCGUGGCUUGUGAACAGACUGAAGUCCUACUUUUUGAUCCUAUCUCUUCAAAGCACAUCAAAACUCUCUCAACUGCUCAUGAGGACUGUGUAAAUAAUAUCAGGUUUCUUGAUAACAGACUGUUUGCAACAUGUUCUGAUGACACUACCAUAGCACUUUGGGAUCUGAGAAAGCUAGAUUCAAAAGUGUGCACUUUGCAUGGUCACACCAGCUGGGUCAAGAACAUCGAAUAUGACACUAACACAAGAUUGCUAGUUACAUCUGGAUUUGAUGGAAAUGUUAUCAUUUGGGAUACCAACAGGUGCACAGAAGAUGGCUGCCCCCACAAGAAGUUCUUUCACACACGCUUUCUCAUGCGUAUGAGAUUGACCCCAGAUUGUUCCAAAAUGUUAAUCUCAACUUCUUCCGGGUAUCUCCUGAUCUUGCAUGACCUUGACUUAACCAAAUCUUUAGAGGUUGUCAGUUACCCCAUUUUAAGAGCCAGGAGAACCACAUCCAGUUCAGAUCUGGCAUCUGCCACCUCUUCUGGUCCUAGGAGUGCCGGGUCACCAUGUCAUCAGGGGGACUCAAACCCACUGUCAGAGAAACAUACGGUACGAGCUACCCAGCGAGAAGGUGGAUCUCCACGCAAUAGUCUUGAGGUUUUAACCCCAGAAGUUCCUGGUGAGAGGGAUCGGGGAAACUGCAUCACAUCACUGCAGCUCCAUCCCAAAGGAUGGGCUACACUUCUUCGAUGCUCAAGUAACUCUAAUGACCAAGAGUGGACUUGUGUCUAUGAAUUCCAAGAAGGAGCCCCAGUGCGACCAGUUUCCCCUCGCUGUUCCCUUCGAUUGACUCACUGCAUUGAGGAAGCCAACGUUGGCCGGGGCUAUAUCAAAGAACUGUGUUUCAGCCCAGACGGCCGAAUGAUCGCCUCCCCACAUGGCUAUGGAAUCCGCCUGUUGGGGUUUGACACCCAGUGCAGCGAACUGGUGGACUGCUUGCCCAAAGAAGCCGCCCCCUUGCAAGAAAUCCGCUCGCUCUAUUCACACAGUGAUGUGGUCCUGACCACCAAAUUCUCUCCAACACACUGUCAGAUUGCCUCCGGGUGCCUUAGUGGUCGCGUUUCUUUAUAUCAACCAAAGUUCUAGGCACCUCUUGCCUUGAAAGGAACAUGUGGUGUUUGUUUUUUAAAUUACUUCAGUUUAGUUGGAGUGUUUUUUGUUUAUGUUUUUAAAAGAAAAAAAAUCUUGUAAAUUUGGACCAGUACAGAGUUACUCUGAUCCCUGGACUGAGAAAGCAACACAGAUUCAGUCCAGCCCUUUAUGUAAGCGUGUGUAUGUUUGUUGUGACUCAGAAUUUUCACAUCAGACUUCUGUGUAUUCUUCCUCUUUGCUCCUGCUGAUUCCACUCAUGCUGUUUGGCUAGAACAUGGAGACACUCAUGAGCCUUGUUUUUCCCUAUGACUAUUUGUGCAAGGUGGGCCUCAGAGGAAAUACCAGCCAAAAUCCACGUGCUUCUUUCCCUGAACUGGAUUUCAGCUCUCUUUUGGGGUUCUAGAUUUUGCUAUAUUUUUCUUCUCUUUCUAGAUAAUGAAGCACUUGCACACUACAUUAGCUACAUGCAGCAGAUACACUGGUUUUGUGAACAACUCUACAAAAUGAUCUUAUCACAUUUUGGUAUUGUUCUGCUGUAGUUCAAUCUGUUUUCCUGGUAUUCUAGAAACUGUAGCCCUGUUUAUGGCACCAUCACUCCAAGACUGGAAGCACAGUUGCUCUUCCUUGGUUUGUAAAGAAAAACUGGAUAGCCUAACAUCUUGUCUUCACGGGUCUUAUAAAGGAGCACCUUCUGUAAUAUCAUUGGACAUAGAUUAGAUACAUUGUUGGAUCACUAAGUAUGUGCCCAAACAUUGAAGUUCACAGUCUAGCAGAAAGUUCUCUGCAUAAACCUCAAGAAAAUAAAUAAGAGCUAUGCAAGUGCCAAAGCUCUGGCAGAACUUCACAGUUCAGUGAGGCCUGUGCAAGAGAACAUGCUGCUGAAUUGUGUGGCAACCCUUUGAUGGGUCUUGGUCACUGCAAAAGGCUUGGGGAGUGAAUAAAAUCUUUUAUAAAAAAAAUAAGUUGAAUGUUGCUCGGUGCUGUUGUAAUUUGCAGAAUCUCUUAAGGCUAUUUGACCUUUAAUUGAUGUGCCUUGAAAGUCACAAAAUGAUGCUAUUCCAUCUGUAAGAAGGCCUAGUGCAAGUGUGCACACAUUUUGCCCUGGUAAGCUAGCUCUCCAGCUGUAUAUGAAAAUCAGUCAGAAGAUUGUGGAAAGGAUAUGUUUUCUUCUCUGGUAAUAAUAAUAAUUUUUAUUAGCAUAUUGGCACAUCCUUUGGAACUGUUUCUGCAACUGUUAAUUGAACAAACUUAAUUGUGUUUUUCCACUGCAGAUACUUAUGUGAAAUAAACCAAGCAACCAUA